AUGGCUGCCCCUCAGGACCUGGACAUCGCUGUGUGGCUGGCCACGGUGCACCUGGAGCAAUAUGCAGACACCUUCCGGAGGCAUGGCCUGGCUACCGCGGGUGCAGCUCGGGGCCUGGGCCACGAGGAGCUGAAGCAAUUGGGCAUCAGCGCCACAGGGCACCGGAAACGAAUUUUGCGCCUGCUGCAGGCGGGUGCUACAGCGGGCUCCCUGGAUUCUCAAUCUGACAGUGCCAUGGAGCCAUCUUCCAGUUCAGAUCCCCAAUCCCAGAACACCAAGCCUGUGCCCAAGCCCAGGACGGUUUUUGGUGGGCUUAGUGGCUCUGCCACCACCCAGAGGCCUGUACCGAGCCCAGCCCUUCGGGGAGCAGAAGUUCCCAGGAGCCCUGAGUGUAGUCCGAGGUCCCCUCCUCUCCCUACCUCCUCUUCUGAGCAGUCUUCGGCCUUGAAUACUAUGGAGAUGGUGCCCAAUGCCAUUUACUUUGGCCUGGACUUACGAGGUGGCUCACAAGCAACUCAGGACACUGCUCCAGACAGCUCUCAGAAAGCUGCCCCCUCCCCUGCCCUCAGGCCUACAACAGGCACAGUGCACAUCAUGGACCCUGGUUGCCUGUACUAUGGUGUCCAACCUGUGGGGGUCUCAGGACCCCCUGACCGAAGAGAGGGCAGAGGUGUCUGUCAGGACAGAGUUGAACACAGGCUCAGCAGGCAGGAUCUGGAGGCUCGGGAGGACGCUGGCUAUGCCAGCCUUGAACUGCCUGGCGACUCCACCCUCUCUUUGCCAACCCUGGAUAUGGAAGAGGCCAGUGAUGACCUCAUUUCACCCUAUGCCAGCUUCUCCUCCACAGCAGACCCCCCAGUGCCCCUGCUCAGUGGCUGGCUGGACAAGCUCUCUCCUCAAGGAAACUAUGUCUUCCAGAGACGCUUUGUGCAAUUUAAUGGGAAGAAUCUGAUGUAUUUUGGGAAUGACAAGGACCCCUUCUCCAAAGGUGUGAUCCCCCUGACUGCCAUUGAGAUGACCCGCAGCAGCAAGGACAACAAAUUUCAGGUCAUCACUGGCCUGAGGGUGUUUGUGUUCCGUACAGAGAGUGAGGCCCAGCGGGACAUGUGGUGUUCCACCCUGCAAAACUGCUUGAAGGAACAGCGCCUCUUGGGCCACCCCCGGCCACCCCAGCCACCCCGACCCCUCCGCAUGGGCAUGCUAGAGCUGCGUGGACACAAGGCCAAGGUGUUUGCUGCCUUGAGCCCUGGGGAGCUGGCUUUGUACAAGAGUGAGCAGGCUUUCUUGCUGGGCAUCGGAAUCUGUUUCAUCAAGCUGCAGGGCUGCAGCGUCCGAGAAACCAAGAGUCGCAGCUUUGACCUGCUUACACCCCAUCGCUGCUUCAGCUUCACAGCCGAGUCUGGGGGGUCUCGGCAGAGCUGGGCAGCCGCUCUGCAGGAAGCAGUAACCGAGACCCUGUCUGACUACGAGGUGGCUGAGAAGAUCUGGUCCAACCGAGCAAACCGACACUGUGCGGACUGUGGGGCAUCCCAGCCAGACUGGGCUGCGGUCAACCUGGGGGUGGUCAUCUGCAAACAGUGUGCAGGUCAGCACCGAGCCUUGGGUUCUGGGAUCUCCAAGGUGCAGAGCCUGAAGCUGGAUACAAGUGUCUGGAGUAAUGAGAUAGUGCAGUUGUUCAUUGUCCUCGGUAACAAUCGUGCCAACCGCUUCUGGGCAGGGGCAUUACCCCCAGGGGAGGGACUGCGUCCAGAUGCGUCCCCCGGCCCUCGAGGAGAGUUCAUUUCCCGAAAGUACCGGCUGGGUCUCUUCCGGAAGCCCCAUCCUCAGUAUCAGGAUCAUAGCCAGUUUCUCCAGGCCUUAUGUGCAGCUGUGGCAGGGCCCAACUUGUUAAAGAACAUGGCCCAGCUCCUCUGCAUGGAAGCCUUCGAGGGCGAGGAUGAGCCCUGGUCCCCCUCUGCCCUGAAUGGCAGCUUCCCUGGCCUCUUGCCUCCAGACCCCUCCCUGGGUGUCUACAACGAGGUGGUGGUGCCUGCCACUUACAGCAGCUUUCUCUACUGUGGUCCCAUCAGCAACAAAGCUGGACCUCCACCCCCACGAAGGGGCCGAGAUGCACCCCCUCGACUGUGGUGCGUGCUGGGAGCAGCUCUGGAAAUGUUUGCGUCGGAGAACAGCCCUGACCCUCUCAGUGUCAUCCAUCCACAGGAUGUUGUUUGUUUGGGCGUGAUCCCCCCACCCUCUGACCCAGGUGACCUAGACAGGUUCCCAUUUUCCUUUGAGCUAAUCCUCACAGGAGGGAGGAUCCAGCAUUUUGGGACAGAUGGAGCUGACAGUCUGGAAGCCUGGACCAGCGCUGUGGGCAAGUGGUUCUCUCCGCUGAGCUGUCACCAGCUGCUAGGUCCCGGGCUGCUGCGACUGGGCCGGCUGUGGCUGCGGUCCCCCUCGCACACAGCCCUGACCCCUGGUGGCUGGCUGUCAGGGUUUGGCCUCCUUCGUGGUGACCACCUCUUCCUGUGUCCAGCGCCGGGUCCAGGAUCCCCAGCCCCUGAGGACAUGGUGCACCUGCGCCGGCUACAGGAGAUCAGUGUGGUCUCCGCAGCUGACACCACAGACAAGAAGGACCACUUGGUCCUGGUGGAGACAGGAAGGACCCUGUAUCUGCAGGGAGAGGGCCGGCUGGACUUCUCAGCAUGGAACACAGCUAUUGGAGGGGCAGCUGGCGGGGGUGGCACGGGACUACAAGAGCAGCAGAUGAGCCGAGGUGACAUCCCCAUCAUCGUGGACGCCUGCAUCAGUUUUGUCACCCAGCACGGGCUCCGGCUGGAGGGCGUGUACAGGAAAGGAGGCGCCCGUGCCCGAAGCCUGCGGCUCUUGGCUGAGUUCCGGCGGGAUGCCCGGUCAGUGAAGCUUCGGCCAGGGGAGCACUUUGUAGAGGAUGUCACCGACACGCUCAAACGCUUCUUCCGAGAGCUCGAUGACCCUGUGACAUCGGCCCGGCUGCUGCCUCGCUGGAGAGAGGCUGCUGAGCUUCCUCAGAAGAAUCAUCGCCUGGAGAAAUACAAAGAAGUGAUUGCCUCUCUACCCAGGGUCAACCGCCGCACACUGGCCACCCUCAUCGGGCAUCUCUAUAGGGUGCAGAAGUGUGCCGCUCUUAACCAGAUGUGCACGAGGAACUUGGCCCUGUUGUUUGCACCCAGCGUGUUCCAGACAGACGGGCGAGGGGAGCACGAAGUGCGGGUGUUGCAGGAGCUCAUCGAUGGCUACGUCUCUGUCUUUGAUAUCGACUCUGACCAGGUAGCUCAGAUUGACUUGGAGGUCAGUCUUAUCACCACCUGGAAGGAUGUGCAGUUGUCCCAGGCUGGAGACCUCAUCAUGGAAGUUUAUAUAGAGCAGCAGCUCCCAGACAACUGUGUCACUCUGAAGGUGUCCCCAACACUGACUGCCGAGGAGCUGACUAACCAGGUACUGGAGAUGCGGGGAACAGCCGCCGGGACAGAUCUGUGGUUGACGUUUGAGAUCCUUGAGCAUGGGGAGCUUGAGCGGCCACUGCAUCCCAAAGAAAAGGUCCUAGAGCAGGCCCUGCAAUGGUGCCAGCUCCCAGAGCCCUGCUCAGCUUCCCUGCUCUUGAGAAGAGUCUCCAUUGCCCAGGCUGGCUGCCUCUUCACAGGUACCCGGCGUGAGAGUCCACGGGUCGGGCUAUUACGGUGCCGUGAGGAACCACCCCGGUUGCUGGGAAGCCGCUUCCAGGAGAGGUUCUUUCUGUUGCGUGGCCGAUGCCUGCUGCUGCUCAAGGAAAAGCGGAGUGCUAGGCCGGAACGGGAGUGGCCUUUGGAAGGUGCCAAGGUUUACCUGGGAAUCCGGAAAAAAUUGAAGCCUCCAACACCGUGGGGCUUCACGUUGAUACUGGAGAAGAUGCAUCUAUACUUGUCCUGCACUGAUGAGGAUGAGAUGUGGGACUGGACUACCAGCAUCCUCAAAGCCCAGCAUGAUGAUCAGCAGUCAGUGGUCUUACGACGCCGUUCCUCUUCUGACCUUGCCCGUCAAAAGUUUGGCACUAUGCCCUUGUUGCCCAUCCGUGGGGAUGACAGUGGGGCUACCCUCCUCUCUGCCAAUCAGACCCUGCGGCGACUGCACAACCGGAGGACGCUGUCCAUGUUUUUUCCAAUGAAGUCAUCUCAGGGGUCUGUGGAGGAGCAGGAGGAGCUGGCAGAGCCUGUGUAUGAGGAACCGGUGUAUGAAGAAGUGGGGGCCUUCUCUGAAUUGACCAAGGACACCUCUACCUCCUGUACAAUGCAGGGAUGGACAGCCAAGCCAGAGACCCCCCUCACGAGUCAGAGGUCUUUUGAUCAACCUCUUCUUUCCAAGGCAGGCACCCAGGGCUGGGUGGAGAGGCCACCUGAGCCCCCUCCUGGUCCUCCUUCGAAGAUCAGUCCCCAGGGACAUGGGUCUCUGGAGGAGCAGCUGCUCCAGGAACUUAGCAGCCUCAUUCUGAGGAAGGGAGACACCACCACAGGCCUUGAUAGCCCUUCCCAGCCUUCCAGCCCUCAGUCCCCUAGCCCCACUGGUCUUCCCACACAAACAUCUAGUUUCUCCACCGAACCCUCCAGUACUUCUAGUCCACCCUCCAGCCAGCCCCUCACAUGA